AUGAUAGAUCCGACAACCGCAACCAGUGUGGGGUCUUCACCCUCUACCAUUGCGAAAGUGAUGCUGCCUGAUUAUUUGUCCUCCCAGCUGGGCUGGAUCACCACCACUGCUUCCUUCCUCAUUUUCGGUGUCGGUAUCUCCAUCGGCGGGCUUGUUGACUGGUACGGUAUCCGUCCCGUUAUUGCUCCCUUUGCUGUCCUCGGCGCUGUGUACAACGCUGCCGGCCGUUAUCUGCGCCACGCAGUUGUGGCUUUCGACGAAGCGCGGUCUGGCUGCUGGUCUCGCAAGCGCUGGCAGCAGCUGUGGAGACUUGAUCUUUCCGAUCAUGAUGUCUCACUUCAUCAACAAUCACGGCUUUUCCUGGUCGUCGGUGUCUGCAUGGCUACCGGAGUGAAUCGCUGUGAGGGACCUUUUUAUCCCAAGUGUGUUGCGGCAAUGCGCGAGAAGGAAACUAGCCGAGGUUCAUCUUCAGGUGUCCCUAGAGCAGACAUCACCAAUGAGCCGGACCCCACUGAGGUAGCUCAGAAACCUAAUAACGAAUGGGCGGGACUGCAGCACAACGCGGUGGCCUGGCUGGCCUUCUGA